AUGAAAAUUUAUAAGAUUUUUGGGGGAUUUUUGGGCUUUGAAGGGGAGUGUUCCUGGCGUUUAGAUGGAUGGGGGAGGGAAGGGAGUGGUGGGAUGGUGGUGGGAUGGUGGUGGUUGGAGAGAGAGGUGGAGGGGAGUGGGGAGGAUGAGGAAAAGAAGGAAAGAGAGGAUGAGGAGUGGGAUGAGGCGGGGGAGAGAUUUGGAGAAAGGAAUCGGAUGAGGAUGAGAACAAAAUGGGGGAGGGGGGAUUUGUUUAUAUAUGGAAAAGAAUUUGAGUUAAGGAAGGAAGGAAGGGAAGAGAAGGGAAGGAAAGAAAAGAAAAGAGGGAGAGAAGAAGAAAUGGCUUCAAUUCAGCUUCCGCAGUUACCGAUGCCGUGUCAUCACUCUGUGAGAUUAGAUGGAUUUAAUUUGAGAUUUGAGGGUAUUGGGAAUUUCGAGGAGAGUGUGUGUGAGCAACCUCGUCCUAUUUCUUCACCUAUGACUAUGCAAUUUCUUGCUACCCAGUCCUCUUUUGUUGUCAAUCAUACUUCAGAUGGCAAGAUGGAAAGGGAAGUGAGUGGAAGGAAGAUGGAAGACGAUGGAGUAGAGCAAAAUGAGGGGGGUGGAGCAGAGAAAGAGAAAGUGGAAGAAGUGGAAAUACACAUGAGAGGUGGAGGAACAAUUUGUGAUUUAUGUGUGGGGAUUUGUGCGGGCUUGUGUGUUUUCGAGUGUUUGGAUUGUUGUUGUUGUUGUUUGUGA